AUGUUGUGCGCAUGCGCAAUGUUUUGUUUUUGUAUUUUGUUUUUGAGUUUUUUACCACUUAAUACUUUUUUUAGUGUUUUCGUGCCCGAAUAAAUGUAUAUUGUUUACUGUAGGGAAACUAUUUAGACUUCUUUAUCGCAGACUAUUUUAACUUCAGGCUACUUUUCUUUCCUUUAAAAAAAAAAAAACUCGGGUCUCAAAAUGUUCCAGCAGACGAUAAAGGACUUCAACCUCAACUUCAACGCUUUAAAUGAGAAGAAUAGUGUCUCCGAGGGCGACCUGAUGACGGGACACAUCUCCUUCGUCCUCACUAAGCCGACGAAGAUCACUUCAGUAGCGAUGGCACUGGCAGGAACGGCGAACGUGCACUGGUCCACCGGUGGUGGAGGGGGGAGACGGAGAAGACGUCGCAGACACUACUCUGCAAAACUGGACUUCUUUAACUUCCAAAGCGUCAUCGUGCAAGACAACAGCGCUGUUGGGGCGCAGCUCCAGCCUGGCAGGCAUGUGUACCCAUUUACAUGUCAGCUCCCACACGGCCACUUCCCGUCCACCUUCCGUGGAGUUCAUGGACAAAUAGUGUACACCUUGACAGUGAGCAUCCACAGACGCUGGCAUAUGGCCAAAAACUUUGUGACAGAGUUGAACUUUGUCAACCGCAUCAAUACCAACCAGCCAGAGUUGCAGGCUCCUCUCUCAGGCUCCAACAACAUGACUCUGUGCUGCCUGUGUUGUGCCUCUGGUCUUGUCACCAUGACAGCUAGUGUAGUGAAGAAAGCCUUCGUCCCUGGUGAAACUGUGAACAUAGUUUGUGAGUUUAGUAACGCUUCGUCUCAAACAGCGACUCCAAAGGUGGUGCUGCAACAGAAGCAGGUUUGUUACACCACCAACAAGGUCAACAAGAAGAUGGUUAUCAAAAACUUGGCGUCGGUGACCGGCCGGUCCGUCAGAGCUCACACCUCUGACGUUCACGCCGGGAUCACGCUCGCUAUUCCCGCGGCUGCACCGCUCACCAUCUCUAACUGCAGCAUCAUAGAUGUGGAUUACAUCAUUGAGGUUAGCCUCAGCAUGAGAGCAUCGCCCGACCUCACAGUGCUGUUUCCCAUCAUUCUGUGUGACACCCCUGUUUCCGCUCAACCACUACGUUAUUCGUGAGUUUGUAUCUAAUAUUACAUGACGGUGGAAUGGUUUUCUGUUCGACAACCUACUGUCACUUCUCAGUCUGACUUGUUACUCGGAGAGCCUUAUUUCUCAGGGGGUUUUGUAUCGGGCUAUAUUUGUAUUUUUUUAACACUUUAUUUUUACUGCUUUUUCAGUAUUUUUGUAUAUUUCAUUAUACUUUAAAAUUAUGUUUCUGCUUCUAUAUUGGUAACUUUGAUACUAUUUAGCUGUUAACGGUUGUCUUCCCAGAGACAAAUUAUAUGUGUUACUGUUUUGUUUACUACUUGAUGUUUUGUUUCUCUGUGUUUUUACCACUAUACACAUUCAUCUCUCUCUCCCUGCUGCAUUACAUUCUUGUACCCUUGAUAGUGUAAAUUUCAGUACUGUAACUGAAGGUUCAACAUGGUGUAGCGUCAUACUGCCUUCAUCCAGUGUGCAGAGUUUGUUAGUUGUGUCUAUGCAUCGUUCAGUAUGGAUUAAUUUACACAUCCAUAGGAAGUCUAUGCUGUUUCAGCGUAUGAUUGAGUAGUUUGAAGCAUUGGGGAAAACAUCUGUUACAGUUUGGAUAUUAUUACCAGUUGUUCAAUACCAAAGACUUUAUUAUAUACAUGUUCACUUUUAUCAUUCAGAUGAAAUUCUCCUAUUUAAAUGGAAAAUAUGUUAUUGUGUGAGAAGUCAAAUCCAAAAAUGUCAAGGGAUUAUCUCGGAUACUCCUGAAAAGUUAAUAUGACUGUUUGGAAUAUAUUAUUUUAAGUAUUGUUAGUUUUAUGUUUCUUGGUAUUGAACUGAUUCAAUACCAAGAACCAAAUUAAUGUUUGCUCCCUUCAGCAGAGAAAACACUGCAAGUACUGCAGGCUAAAUUCACGCUUUUUAGCCUAAUUAUAUGUCAUUGCGAACACAAUCAUCUUAAUUUCCUGGAGGAAAGCCGUCUCUUUGCUAUUCAGCCAGCAUGUUAAUAUUCACUAACUUUAGAUGGACGGCUAAUGUGGGUUCAAAUCAACUCAGACUGCUCCUUGCAUAUUGCUACUCUGUGAAAAUGAUAUAUAAUAUAAUUUUAUAUAUAAAACUAAUCUACAGUGUUGAAAUUAGCUCAGAUUCAGAAUGAAUCAACAGAUUGAAAGGUGAGCAUAUUAACUAGCUUCAACUGUAGCUGAACUUCAACCUCAGCCUCUUGUUUCGGGGCAAUGAACUGUGUUUGUCAAUAUUUUCUAGUACAUCCAAAGUGAUUAGUGAUAGAUACAUCAUAUUUGUGCAAUGUGUUGUACUCCAUCAGUGUGUGGUUUGACUCAUUGUAGUCUGUGUACCUAAAAAGCAGGUUUAAGUCAGUUUGAUAAUGAUAACAUUAUCGAAGGUGAAUGUUUCCCAACUCUCCCCCAAAGACAGAUAUCACUAAAUGAUCCAUCAGGACAUGGGUGUGUCAUAUGAAAAUGCAAAGAGAUUUAUUGUCUUUCUUUGCAUACCAUUUUGCUCUUUUGGGUCUUGGUUACAAUAUGCUGAAGUGCAGCUGGUUUCCUGUAGGGGGCAGUGCCGUGCAGACUUACGGUGUGAGGAGCAACUACAUUUUGAGGCUUUACUCGUCAGUUGCUCUGCACAAAGUACUUACAACUACCACAUGUAUUUCACAUAGUUGUUCCUAUGAUGACUUAAACUAACGCAAAUAGCAGGCACUAAAGAGAUCCCUGUCAAAGGUGAUGAACUGCAGUGAGGAAAUCAUUCACUUUUGUCAAAGGGGACUUGUAGAUGAUUUGUUGUACUAUAAUACUAUAAUAGUAAGUAAAACUACGCUCUUUUGAAAUAAGUGCUUACAAGAAUAACAUUUAGAGAUGAUUUGGGAUUCUUCUAAAAAUGACACGCGCCAUGUGUACUGAUGCAUUUUGCCUGGAUUUCAUGAAGCCAUUAUGUGGUUUGCUCACAUGAUCCCUCCUUAUGAUGUGGUUGACAUGUGUUCCUAUAUCAUCAAAGGGGGUCUUGACAGAAAAAGUUUGGGAACCACUGUCUUACAGUAAGAAUUAUCCUGAUCAUUAUAUGCUUUCAUUUAACCUGCAUUGAUUUAUUCAGGAAACAUGAUUCUUUCCCCAAAGUAACAUUUUGUAUUCUAGAGCCAAAUCAUUAGCAGCCACCAAUCUAGUUCUAACGUGUAGGCAAGAUUUAUUGCGUGUUAAUUAUUACCAAAACCAGAGUGUCUAUCUGCAUGCAGAGACACGCCUCACAACAUAUACAGUCUCUGUCUCACUGUCUCACCUUCCUGCUUCCAGCUCUUGCUUGGCAGUCACACAGGAUGUAAAAUGGCAAAUAGUGUUCAGAGCUUUUCAGUGUGAUCUAAUCUAUUUAUAGUAUAAUUUAUAAUAUAGUCUUUUUGAAACUACUUCUCAGUAGUUGGACUUUUUUAUUUCAUGUUUGAGCAUGAAAGCAAUGUUGAGUAUGUUUUAAAAAAGCUAAAGUUACUAAAUUGUUAUGUAUGUUGUAUUACCUUGUGUCCUAAGAUGCACUUUUUGUUUUUUAAUUAAAAUGAGUAUAAAAGGGAAUAUUUCUAACUUGUUUUUUUGUGUUGGCAUACUGUGACAGUCUGUACUAUCUCUGGUUAAAACUGCGACAUCUUUUCAUUAAAUCGGUUUGAGAAGUUGAAAAUGUUCCUCGAUUUGGGUCUCAGCUUGUCAUUCAGGGGUGAUGGUGGGUCCCACAACCAGACCAGUUGAGAACCACUGCCAUAAACGAAAGGGAUAUUGUCACCAGUGGUGACAAUAUUUCAGGACAAAUUAUACUUGAGCUGUCAUAAAACUGCAAAAUAGAUGCACUCAGCGUAAAGCUGAAGGGACAAGCAGAAGUCAAAUAGUAAUUGUAACUUAGCAUAACAAAGAGAAGUACUUCAGUAUGAAACAAGUUAUCAUUCAGGAGGGCCAAUGUAAGUGAGCUACUUAUGCCAAUUAAUUUAGUAUAAGCAGAUGUUUCCAUUCUAUGUAUAUUGGAUUCAUGUGGAACUCUUUAAAAACCACGCAAUGCCACAUUGUUACAGUAUUUGUUUAAAAUCACUCAACAGUACAGUUGCAUCUCUUCUUUCUGUGUUUAUAUGUCACAUUACUUCUGUCCCAUCAUCUUCUAUUAGCUUUGUUUAAAUAGAAAUGCACGUCCAACUGGGAGGAGAGCCCAGGGAAGACCCAGGACACGCUG